AUGUACAACUAUGGACGGGCGUUGCAAUCGGCUGGAGUGAGUGGUAAAAGUAACGUAUCACAAGUAUGUCGGCAUCAUCAUCCUCUCCUUCUGAACCUUCCCACGCACCAGGGAAAGCACCACUGGUUCAUUCCCCUCUGCAUCACGUGGAGACCACGUGCUUCUCGUAGGGCACGUCUCGCCCAAACCGGUGUGUCUUCUUCCCUAACUACUCCAGUGGCACGAGCUGAGGCUCCUGCAGCUGUCCACCUAACCCCUGACCCGAUACGGAUUCGACGUUUAGAAGGGGAUCUGCAAGAUGCUCUUAGAAGGAUAAGGAACUUGGAGGAAGCUAACAAAAACUUUGAAGAAGCUAAUGAAAGGAGAGAUUAUCAGAUCGGACUUAUAAAUGUGAACUUGAAUGAGACGACUUGGAGGUUGCAUUUCUUGGACCAGCGUGUACCACCAGCACCACCGGCUGAACCAGAGCUGGAAGAAAAGGAACCCAAAGAGGGUCCAGAGGAAGAACCUGAAGAAGAACCCGAAAAGGACCCUGAGGAGGAUCCAGAGGAAGAAGAGCCAGAUGAAGUUGCUGCUGAAGAUGACGAUGACGACGACGGUGACGAUGGCGACGAUGGCGAUGACGACGAUGCUGACAUGGGCGAUGGAGAAGUUGAUGACUGA